AUGAAAAGAAGGCAAUAUGAUGCUGGUGGCAGAGCGUUGAAGAAGAUUGCAGGGACCAACAGACACCUCGUGAGACGCUCGCCGGUGGUGUGUCCCUUCUAUCGCCUCAACACAAUCAAGUACCUGCAUCCGAACGCCAAUAUAAGCACGUGGUCCCUGCAAGACAUACUCGCUGGGGACAUUCGCAGAUUGCUGGUGUUCAAUUUCAUGGUAGAUGUACAAUUCCUGCUUCGCGAAGUGCCCAGGUGA